GCCCAAAACCAAGGACGCUUUGAAUAAAAUGGAGUCGUCAACAGUUUCGUCUUUGGUUCAUAUGAUACAGACUUAUGCCGAAACUACAGUAUUAAGAGCGUGUAUAGAAAAAGUCAGCAAGAAGACAAUUGAACAGUUUAAAGGUGAAAACGGAAUGGAUGUUCUACAUUACGCUAUUAUUGCAAACAACAUGGAAGCGGCUAGUAUCUUAUUUCAUAAGGGUUUAUUUAAACCACCACACGAAUCUUCGUCGUUUCCGUACAUGCACUUAGCGGCAAGACUUGGUCAUAGAAUGAUUUUAAACAUGCUGCUCCAGGAACGUCCUCUAGACAACGUUCCGGCAGUUUUCAAUUACAAAUCGACUGGCGAUCGUUACAAGACUGAGGACAGAGAAUGUUGUGACGUCACACAGACUCCUUUGGAUUUGGCGGGGGAAAGUGGACACGUUGGAUGUGUUAAAGCUAUUCUGGAUCACUUUCACGGGAAAUUUGUACAAGGGAAAAGAUUUAAAGGCAAUGAAGCGUACAUUGAAAUGGCAUGCCAGCUCGAUUCUCCAUAUGCCUUAUGUUCGUUGUUAUCAGAUCACCCUUCGGAUGAAGAGAUCAAAAGUGCAGUUGGUGCCGCUUUAAAAAACGCUAGACCGGAAUGUUUAGACGUUUUACUACAACUGAGAACUGAUCUUUCAACUUUAUUCGAAGGGAUGAACCUAUUUCAUGUUUUAUAUUCAUACACUUUAUCAUUUGAUAAGAAAUGGUAUGAACGCUUACUAGCUGUCACUACUAUUUUGAUUAAACAUGGACACAAUAUCAAAGCAUCGAUUCCUUUUCGCACUUACCCAUUAUACAGCUUACUCUCUCAUUCAGCAUGUCAUGAUUUUGACAAUUCUUCGAACUACAUAAUUGCAUGCUGCCUUCUCUUGCUCAAUGCAGGGGCAGAUCCCAACUUCGAUGAACUUCAAUUUGAGAAAGAUUUUGAAGACAUGAGAAUCAGGUCGGCAUUUGGUAGAUCUGCAUUUUCUUCAGGUUUACAUUGUUUAUUUCAAACGGUGGAGCUAUACGCCAUUCAAAUUCAAGGAUACCGAUAUCUUAAGGUGUACAUGAGCAAAUGUGCAGCAAUUUUGCUUAAACAUAGAGGCAACCCAAACCACAUCGGUGAAAUCGAUGGUUCCAAAAACCAGUCGGGCAACAGUCUCCAUGCUCUCUGCAGGACAAUUGCCCUUACCGGGGUAGAUAAUAAACUGAUCAAACUUCUUUUACAGAAUGGAGCGGAUCCUAGUUUGAAGAUCGACAAUCAAUAUCCCAUAACUGUUAUGACUGGAAAACUUUUGGAACUUGAAAGCGAGGAUCAAUGCCUACUUCGAUCUUCAGACAUGGAACACAUAAGAAUGUUGGUAAAUGCGAUGUCACCAACCGCGAUUCAAGAAAGCUUAAAAAUAAUGGACCAGACAGAGAAAGAAAUCGAAACGCUUCCCUCAAAACAGGAUAAGAGAACAGAAGCAUACAACAAAGUUAAAAAAUACUGCACAGAAUUAAUCACAAAUGUAUGGGAUCUGAAGAAGAUUUGCAUGCAAAGAAUGUUUAAUAUUUGUGACAGAAAUGUCCCAAAUGUUUUGAAAUUGCCACUUCCAAUGACUGUUAAAAUGAGCAUCGUUGAUUUCCAGUAGUUCACCUGCAUGUAACAUUUUCCUCUUGCAAUUAAAUAUUUUUUUAAAACAAAUAA